CCCUGGAGAGCAGAGUGCUGACGCACAAAUAGGAAAGAGAGCCCAUGGUCACGCAGCCUGGACAAUGGGAGGUGCAACUUGAGUUGCCAUGGUGAAGGAUGCAUGGAGCCAAGAGGGCCGGGACCCAGGUGUAGCUCGAGAGUUGAAGUACUACUCUCGCAGCUAUGGAGGGCCGGAGGAAGAAGCCGAAGAGGAGGCGAACGAACAGAAGCAGCGACAAGUGCUGCUUGAUGAUGGUUGGCCGCUGAAGUUGAAGUUUGAGAAGAAGAACUUGGUCUCUGGCUUGUUGAUGGGAAAAUGCAGGAGAAGCCCCAUGACUGGUGAGAUUACAAUGGAAAAGCCACCCGCCUUCCCCAAUUUCCAGGUGGUCGACUUGGCGGGCCGUGAAACGCUUCCCCGCAGCAGGCAUAUCUUAGAAGAAGACAAGUACCUCUUCAAGCCCAUCCCUUUGAUGUACAGAACCUGGUUGUAUCAACGCCAUUUCGUGAAGCCCGAAGGUUUUGGACGGGGAAGAGACAUGGACUACACGGUCAGACAGGCGUUGGGCGCCUUUUGCCUCGAUAUCCCGAUGUGGAACGGCAGAUGGUCGCCUUUGAUGAUGUACGCCAUCAUCAUGUUCACGUCUGCUUUGACUUGCAGUAGCCUCAUUAUCUCCACCGCCUGUGGGGCGGGUCUGGUGUCCUGUGCAAUCUCCGUCAGCUGCAACACCCCGAAGGCCUACAGAUAUGAUCGCUGGCUGUCACUGCCUUUCCGCCUUGCGUUCCUUGCCUACAUCUUCGUCGUGUUCCCGACCGAAUCGUUGCUGGAGAUCCUGGGCACUGUGCUGGUGUUACUGCUGGUGCUAUUUGAGCUUUGGGCGGGAGACAUGAGCUUUUUCUCCACCUACAGGUUUCACUGCAGCUACACUCUGCUGAAGUGCAUAGGUGGCAGAGUCUAUGUCUGCCAGAGGGAAGGUGCUGAAGGCCUGCAAACCGUCUUCGGGCGUAAAGCCGACCGAGUGGAGCCUAAUAUGGUGAAGAUGGCAAAAUGGACUGUGCUCAACCACUUGAUUGCUGAAAUCGAAGGAAUGAUGGUGGAGUUGCGACCCAUGACCCCAGAGGAUUGGAGCGCAGCAGCGCAGGAUUAUGACACGAACUUCGCACCUGUGACCUACAUCGGUUUGCCCAUCUUUGAAGAUGAAGUGUCCGAACAGGAGGAAGAUCUCGAAGAUCUUCAGGACCAUAUUCCAGACAAGAUGGCGAGAGGUGCAGUGCGUGGCACGCAGUUCUUGGAGACUUUACAGCAUUUCAGACAAGCUCGCGAGAUCUACUGUGGAAAUCAACAGUUGGACUGGAUGAUCGAAGAUGUCGAUUUCGGAGACUGAGAUGACUGGGGCGAUUGUAACACAUUACCAGAGUGUAUAUAUGGU